AAAAUGUGAAAAAAGUCAAGGGCUCUGAAUACUUUACAAAGGCAGUGUAACCCAACUUUUUCACUUUGACUAGUUGAUUAAGUUUAACCUUGAGGCGAGUGAAUACUGUGGCUUUUUACGCACACUCUUCUUCCAUUGGAAACAAUAACUUGCAAAUAACUUGUAAAAAAAAAAACUGUACACUUGAACUCUGUCUGGCCUAUCAAAUUGAAGUAUUACAUGACAAGAACAUAAAGGUAUUUAGAGAGAUUUGACAUUACAUUUCAUCUAUAUAUUGAUAUUUAAUGGGGCACAACUUUGGUUUUUAGAAGUGGGGGGACGACAAUGAUUAAACUGGUGGGGACAUAAUAUCUAUUUUCAAACAGUCUCCACGACCGUUCGGAGGCGUCCGCAUGGUCCUAAAGCAUACCGUUGCCUCGUUUAGUAUCAAAUUACAAUGGUAAUGGGGGGAGAUAAAUGUCCCCCCCUCGUCCCCAGUGAAAGUUGCUUCCCUGUUAAUGAGAGACGGUACACUACAAGUAUCUGAUACUACAAAGUGUUUAAUGCUCAAUCUCGUAAUAUAUUGAACUUGGACCUUUUUAGAAAAGGGGGAAUUGGAAAUGGUGGAGAGAUGGAUUAGAGGGACAGCGGGAAAAGAAGGGUACAGAAGGAUGAAUUUAUUGAUUUCUAUGGCGUCCUUCCAGGGCAUGGCAUCUACCAUCUCUACCAUCAGCCUCGUCUCCGAGAGGCACUUCCUGUGCCCGCUGUGUAAGGACAUCUUCAGCAGUCCUGUGACUACUCCGUGUGGCCACAGUUUCUGUCAGGCCUGCCUGUGUGGGUACUGGACCCGGCACCGUUCAGACUACUGUCCCCUCUGCAAGAGGUUGUUCUAUUCCAGGCCAGACCUUAGUGUCAACCGCAUCCUGGCUGACGUCUGUGACAACUACAGGAAGACACGGCCUGAGAGCCCUGAGGAGAGCCACGACAUGCCACAGGUUGUAGACAUUGACCAGAUGAUCCAGGAGAGACUGAAGAAAGUUGACAGACUCAGACACUCUCUACAGCUCCUCAAAAACUCGUGUGUGAGGGAGGUGCGUGAGAGCCAGAAGGUGUUCUCUGCCCUCGUCAGUUCCAUGGAGAAGAGCCACAAGGCCGUGGUGACAGCCAUCGAGGAGAGACAGGGGGAGGAGGAGAGGGUUGUUGAGAAGCUGGUGAAGGAGCUGGAACAGGAGAUUCAACAUCUGAGGAAUGGAGACACUGACCUGGGGCCUUGUCAUUCUCAGCAGAGCCAUGAUGAGCUCUGUGGUGGUGGUGGUCAGAAGAGUGUUGCAGUGAGCACCACUUCCACCACGGGCUACUCUGAGAGGAGGGACUGGUCCAAGGUUUCCGUGGAGACAGACCCCUGUAUGGGCGUGACCAGGAGAGCAGUGUCAGACCUGAUGGACAUGGUUAAGGGAGAGCUCCGUAGACUCUCUAAAGCUGAGCUGAAGAAAAUACAGAAAUACACAGUAGACAUCUCCCUGAGUCCCAAGACAGCCCACGCCUUCCUCUCGGUCUCAGAUGACCGGAAACAGGUGCGACACACAGACAAACACCAGGAGGUCCCAGACAACCCCAAGAGGUUUGACCGUGUGGCCAAUGUCCUGGGAAGAGAAUCCUUCAGCAGCGGCAGGUACUACUGGGAGGUGGAGGUGGGAGAGAAGAUAGAGUGGAACCUGGGCGUGGCCAGACAGUCCAUCAACAGGAAAGGGAAGUUUACAGUCAGCCCAGCCAAUGGCUUCUGGACACUGAGCCUAAAGAGCGGGGGUCAAUACGUAGCUAACACCUCCCCCGCUGUCACCCCCGUGGGCCUGGAGCAGAAGCCCAGGAAGGUGGGGGUGUUUCUGGACUACGUGGAGGGCCGAGUGUCCUUCUACUGCGCGGAGACUGGGGUUCACAUCCAUACGUUUACAGAUAGCUUCACUGAUAGACUACAUCCGCUCUUUAGUCCUGGGAGGCAACAUGGAGGCAGGAAUAUCGCUCCUCUGAUUAUUAGUACUAGCUUCUGUAGCAUCUGAGCCCCCUGACUUAACCCCACACCUGGAAUAGUAAUUUAAUAAUGUCAUUAUGUAACCUAAUGUAGAAUAAGGCUCACUCAGUCCUCUCUCACGUCUGCAUUUUCAGUUGGAUAAACCAGCUUCUUUCCUAAUAUUGAGUUAAUACAGACACUGCAUUAUCAGGGAAUGAGCUGGGUAAUCAAUAGUAAUGCUAUAAUGUAUUUGAAUUAUAAUUUAUGACAGUAUUUAUGAACCCUCAAAUAUAUCUAUUUUUACAGCGUUGAUUUUUUAAAUAUUUCUGUGCAUCAUUAAAACAUCUGUAAAUUAUUCACAUACAUUCUAGUUCUAGAAUGACUAAUGUGAGUAAUUUCAAAAACCAUG